GAAGGAACAGAGAAGGAGAGUCCCAUCCGCACUUCUCCUUCGCCCGCAGUUGAAUUCUUUCGGGGACAUUCCCUCUCGAAGGUGGUCAUUAAAGGCUAAAAGCUCUUCCGUCACAGCUCUCCGCCUCUGUCAUCGGAGGAACAUUGCUUUGCUUAGUCCCUCGUCUUCUCUCUCUCUCUCUCUCUCUACCGUCGACUUUGUGAUUCUCUCGCUCAUACGCCCAACCCAAGAGAAGAAAAGAAGGAAACCUUCCUCGUUCUCUGUGAAGGGAGCAGAAAAAGCAACAAAACUCCAUUAAAGGGCUGUCCCUGUAGCUCCAUCCUUUAAGCUUUGGGAACCCAAAACCCCUCUCUCUGCUCUCUCUUCUUCUGCAAGUUUUUGGAGGGUCGUUUCAAAAACACGACCAGCUGUAGGUCUCAUCAAGAAAUAUUAAAGAAAAAAACAGAGAAAAGGUCUGAGCUUCUUUUUGCAACAGAAGAUGGUGCACCACCAGAGGUACCAUCAAUGGAGGAAAGGGGACGCCCACGCUUACGAGGAGGACGAGGAGUCGCAUGGCCUCGCCGCUCUCGGGUGUGGGAGCUCCGCCUGUUCCAAGAGGAAAAGGCCCAAGCUUUUCUACCUCCUCGUCAUCUCUCUCCUCUCUUGCAGCUUCGUGUUGGCUCCUCAGCUCCUGACUUCAUCCACUUUCUCUCUCUUGUACACAUUUGGACUGGAUAGUGAACAGCCCGCAGAUAUUGAUUUCAAUGCUCCUCUGUGUUCUUCGAUGCCUAGAGGCACCAUAUGUUGCGAUAGGAGCAGUAUCCGUUCCGAUGUUUGCCUCAUGAAAGGGGACAUAAGAACGGACGCGGUCUCGUCAUCGGUCUUUGUGUACACUCCAAGAAAUAUCAGCAUCUCGAGCAAAAAUGACGAAGAAGCAGAAAUACAACACGAGAAGAUAAAGCCUUACACCCGGAAGUGGGAAACUUCGGUGAUGGACACCAUCGAUGAGUUGAAACUCGUCGCGAAGAAGGAGGCUGCGGGCUUCGCCCAUAAGUGUGAUGUUUCUUACGAUGUGCCUGCUGUGUUCUUCUCGACCGGGGGAUACACCGGGAAUGUCUAUCACGAGUUCAACGAUGGGAUUCUGCCGCUUUAUAUCACUUCCCAGCAUCUCAAUAAGAAGGUUGUGUUUGUGAUUCUCGAGUACCACAACUGGUGGAUUAUGAAGUAUGGGGAUAUCCUGUCUCAUCUCACUGACUAUCCUCCGAUUGAUUAUAGCGGGGAUAAGAGGACCCAUUGCUUCUCUGUAGCCAUUGUUGGGCUCAGAAUCCACGAUGAGCUCACCAUAGACUCUUCUACGAUGAAGGGGAAUAAGAGCAUAGUUGACUUCAGGACUGUGCUGGACCGAGCUUACUGGCCGCGGAUCAGAGGUCUGAUACAGGACGAGGAGCGUGAGAUGAGGAUGAAAAUGAACGGCCCCUCUUUAUCUCCAUCAAUCGAGCCCCAACUACGUGACCAGUCUCAAAUGAAGAAACCGAAGCUGGUAAUCCUGUCAAGGAAUGGGUCAAGGGCAAUUCUGAAUGAGGAUGCGUUGGUUAAGUUGGCUGAGGAAAUCGGGUUCAAUGUAGAAGUUCUGAGGCCUAGACGUACGACUGAGCUUGCAAAGAUCUAUCGGGUGCUGAACUCGAGUGAUGUUAUGGUAGGGGUCCACGGAGCAGCCAUGACCCACUUCCUCUUUGUGAGGCCCGGUUGUUGGUUUAUUCAAGUUGUUCCCUUGGGCACUGACUGGGCUGCUGAAACUUACUAUGGUGAACCUGCAAGGAAGCUUGGGUUGAAGUACAUCGGAUACAAGAUUCUUCCCAGAGAGAGCACUCUGUACAGGGAAUACGAUAGAAAAGAUCCCGUGCUCAUGGACCCAGAAAGCGUGAAUCAGAAAGGAUGGGAAUUCACGAAGAAGAUCUAUCUUGACAGGCAAAAUGUAUACUUGGACCUCAGAAGGUUCAGACAGCGUCUAGUCCGUGCGUAUGACCAUUCCUUUAGAAUGAUUAACCGGAGAGCUAGUAUUCAAUCACAGUGACUUAUUACUAUCUGAUCAGGGCAGCAUUUGUAUCUGUGUACUGUUUACCUUCUUCGACUGCUCAAUGGCUCUCUAGUUUAGUAAGCACCAGACCAUACUUGAGAUCAAUAAGCUCUGUUUUGUUUAUUUAUUGUGAUCAAAAUGUAUAGUGCAUCAUCUAUGAAUUUCCUCUGUAAAGUUGUACUUUUCGAAAAAUUCAUAUUCUUUGA